AUGGCCGCCCCCAGCGACAGUGACGAUGCGCCCUUGCUGCCAGGCCGGCCUCCUAAGCGCCACUGCCCUGAGGCGGAGGCGCGGCCAGAGCCGGCGCCGGAGGGCUCUGUCGACCUCGACGCCGUGGCGGCUUCCUACCAGCAGGAGACCGGCGCCUCCGGCAUCGAGGCCGCCGGGGUGGCCGCGGACGCGCUGAACGCGGCCCUGCGAGCGUCCCUCUCGGGAGUCGGUGGCUCCGCCUGCGAGGCGGCGGAGGCGGCGGCGAAGUCGGCGGCCAGGCAGCGGGCGCGCCGGGCGAGGCUCCAGGAGCGAGCUAUCGCAGCCGAGAUGGAGGAGUUCGACCGCGAACAGGCGCGAUCCGAGCUGGAGGCACGAGCCACCCGGGCGGUUGCCAGCAAGGCCGAUCGCAUGGCAGACGACGCCGCACAUCGGCGAGCGCAGCGAGAGGAGCGGGCGCUGUUGGCUUCCAUGCAGCGCGAUCUCACGGAGGCGCGCUCCCGCUUUGGAGGCGGCGCGGCGGCGAGGCGGCGCGGCGCGGUACCCCGCGCCUGCGGCGCGGACGGCGGCACCCAGGCUGCGUCUACGAUGCCAGCGAUGUCCUCCGACCCCACGCUGCGCCGUGCCCGCGCGCUGUGCUCUGGGGCCGCUCUGGUCAUCGCUCAGCUGGAGGAGCAUCCGAUGCUGCGGUCGGCGUCAACUCCAGCGCUGCCAAGGCUGCGCGCGGGCGCGGGCGCGGGUGCGGGCGCCGCCUGCGCUGCGCGGCUGUCACCGCCGCCACCGCCUGGGGAGGCGGAGCUGGUGGCUCGCGCGAAGGCGCUGCUGGAGGACUACAACCCGCCCGCGGCGCGCAGCCGUGGCCCGCCCGCCGCGCUCGCCGCAGAGGCGUCCGCGGCCGCAUCGGCGCCCGGUUCGCCCGCGGUCGCGGCGGCCGCCGCCGCCCCCGCCGCCACGUCGCCGUCGGCGAAGGCGCUGCACGGCCGGGCCUGCCUGGAGGUGAGCCCGGGCCGCGGCCGCGGCAGGUAG